AUGGCGACCCAAAUCCCCACAAAGUUCGACAUAAACACCACUUAUACCAUGAGCUCCGGCUACAAGAUUCCAGUGCUUGGGUAUGGUGUGUAUCAAACUCCAGCUGCACAGUGCGAAGAAGUCACCCUCCAUGCACUCCGCACCGGAUACAGACACAUCGACUCCGCCAGGGCAUAUCGCAACGAGCAGCCUUGUGCAGACGCCAUUCGGAACUCCGGACUGAGACGAGAAGACAUCUUUUUCACCAGUAAAGUCCCGCCAAAGAGUUUGGGCUACGAAGGCGCAAAGAAAUCAAUCGAGUCCUCUUUCUUUCAGACUGGGCUGGACUAUAUUGACCUUUAUCUGAUCCACUCGCCCUACGGCGGCAAAGAAGCCAGGUGUGGUGCGUGGAAGGCUCUGGCAGAGGCCCAGAAGGCAGGCAAAAUUCGAUCAAUCGGCGUCUCCAACUAUGGCGUCCACCAUCUCGACGAAUUAGAAGAAUAUAUCAAGUCUUCUGGCGUCGGCGGCACCAUCGAUGUUGGUCAAUGGGAACUACAUCCAUGGCUUCCUCGCAACGAUAUUGUGGAGUGGGCAAAGAAGAGAAAUGUCGUGGUCGAGGCGUAUUGCCCCAUCGUCCGUGGUGAGCGUGCGAAGGAGCCUGUUUUGACGUCUUUGGCAGAGAAACACGGCAAGACCUGGGCGCAGAUAUUGCUGCGGUGGAGUUUGCAGAGAGGGUUUGUGCCAUUGGUGAAAAGUGUGACGCCUUCCAGGAUCGAGGAAAAUGCUGGGAUUUUCGAGUUUGAACUGGACCAAGAAGAUAUGAAGGCCCUCGAUUUCCCGGACUCGUAUGCGCCAUGCGCCUGGGAUCCAACUACCAGUCACGACUGA